AUGGUACCUGGACGUCGUCCAGUCGUUAAUCACGCAUGGCAAUCGAAGCUUUGCCGCCGCUUCUCCCUCGCCGUGCGUGGGAGUCCGCCCUAUCGCGUCUUGUUCUUUGGCACCGACGACGUGUCGCUUGUGACGCUCGAGUCCCUGCACGCCAAUAGCACGAAGAGCGAGCAAGAAGGUGGCCGCCUCAUUGAGCACAUUGAGGUGGUGUGUCCAUCCGAUCGACCCGUGAAUGGCCGCAAGAAGGACGAGCCGGUGCCUGUCAAGAGAUUUGCCCAGCGUAGCGGACUCAAAAUCUUUGACACACCGUCGCAUUUAAAGUCACUUAAGACGUGGGACUUUCCUGUGGCGGACUGGUUUGACGUUGGAGUUGUUGUGUCUUUUGGAUACUUUUUGCACCCGAAUAUUCUUAAGAACCUUCAUUAUGGUGCCGUUAACAUGCAUCCGUCGCUAUUGCCGAAGUACCGCGGUCCUGCUCCUAUUCAGCAUGCACUUUUGAAUGGCGACACAACAACAGGAGUGUCCGUAAUUGAGAUCGAUCCGAAAGCCUUUGACGUCGGCCGCGUUCUGCUUCAGAGACCUUACGAUAUCAAGCCCGGCAUGCAAUGCCAGGAACUAACGCAGAAACUUGCAGCGCUUGGUGCGGAUAGUAUUUUGAGAUCGCUAGCUGAUCUGCCUGCACGCAAGAUGGAGGCUAUUGUGCAGGACGACACCUGUGCCUCCACGGCCUCCAAAUUCGUGUCGAAAGAUGGUCAUAUUUCGUUUGAUGACCCUGCUACCGUCAUUUUUCACCGAUGGCAGGCACUGAGCAACUCUGUGGGCAUAACCGUUCAAUUCCGAGAAAAGAUGGUAAAACUAGUUGAGGUCCGGCUACCAACGGCUGACGAGCUGCAAGUUGUUCGUGCUGACGAGAGCUGCAACGGACAAGCAACCGCUGGGACAUUUUUCUUCGAAAAACAACGGCAGGUGAUUUGGCUACGAUGUGCAAGCGAUUCGUGGUUGUUGAUCUCAAAGCUGCAGCAAGCAGGUCGCAAGGUUGGAUUUGCUUUAGAUUUUUGCAAUGGGUACCGACUGAAAAGCAUGCAGCGUGAGCGGUUCGAGGUAGUGACUGCUGGACCUACCAUUGGCGAGCUUUAG